AUGUUCCAUGAGGUGCUGCGGGGCCCCUUCCCACCCAGAGCGCUGCCUUUUGUGGCAGCGGUGCUUUUCCAGAGGAAGGAGAGGAAGGACGCCGGGCUCCCUCAGGGGCGGUGGGAAAAGCACCCUUACUACAACCUAACAGUAAAAGUCCUUCGAGCCAGAAACAUCAAGGGUACAGAUGUGUUGUCCAAGGCAGACUGCUAUGUGGAACUAAAGCUGCCCACUGCAUCGCCCAGUGUCUCUCGAACUCAGGUGGUUGACAACUCUGAGAACCCAGAAUGGAAUGAAACUUUCCAGUAUCGAAUCCAUAGUGCUGUCAAGAACAUUCUGGAGCUGACCCUCUAUGAUAAGGAUGUCCUUGUCAGUGAUGAGCUCACCUCUAUUGUCUUCGACGUGGGGGGCAUGGGGCUGGGCCAGCCCCUGCUACGCACCUUCAGGCUGAACUCUGAGGCUAAUGAAGAGCUGGAUGUAGAGUUUUUCUUGGAGAAAUGCUCAGAUGCCCCUACAGAAGUGUUGACCAAUGGAGUCCUUGUGGUUCAUCCUUGCUUGUGUCUGCAAGGCACUGUCAACAAAGAGGAAAGUACAAAAGAGAAACAGCAAGGAUGCUGUGAGGUCAAGGUGUCUGUCCCAGGGGCAUAUCAAAAGCAGUUGUCUAUUCCUUGGACACCAGGCAGUGAGAAGGAUUAUGGAACCUCGUUUGUCUUUCAUGUGGGUAAAGAAGUAUGUCCAGAACUGCAAGUGGAGUUGGAGCAAACCAUAUCUGUCCUACAGGAUGGUGUGAACCCUGAUAUUGAAAAGCAUACUACAGUUCUGGGACUGGGGACUGUACCAAUUAAUUCCCUUCCUAUUGGAGAAAAAGUUGAUAGAAUCGUUUCUUUGGGAGAGGGAAAAAGUUUGGAUAUGAGUUUGAAAGCUGAAGAGAGCACUUGGGAUCUUGAUAUACGUCUGGGUUUCGAUCUCUGUAAAGAGGAGAAAGAAUUUUUGGACAAAAGGAAGAAAGUAGUUUCUGAGGCACUAAGGAAGAUUCUUUGCUUAAAGGAAUCCCCUCCAAAAGAUGAGGUUCCUGUUGUGGCAGUACUGGGCUCUGGAGGUGGGAUGAGAGCACUGACAUCAUUCUAUGGCAGCCUUGCUGGGCUGCAGCAGCUGGGCCUUCUGGAUGCUACAGUAUACGUCUGUGGGAUUUCUGGCUCUACUUGGUGUUUAUCAACACUCUAUCAAGACCCUGACUGGUCACAGAAAGACCUUCAAGAUGCAAUCAGAAGAGCUCAGAGUACUGUGUCCAGCAGCAAAGCAGGGGCAUUUUCCCCAGAACGACUGAAAUACUAUUUCCAGGAGCUUAAUGCCAUGGAGAUCACUGGACGGAACGUCUCCUUUACAGAUUUGUGGGGCCUUAUUGUGGAAUAUUUCCUGCAACAGAAGGAAGAUCCAUCAAAGCUGUCUGAUCAGCAGGAAGCAGUGAAAUGGGGCCAGAACCCUUAUCCUAUCUAUGCAGCUGUCAAUGUGAGACCCAAUAUGAGCAGUGGUGACUUUGCAGAAUGGUGUGAGUUCACUCCCUAUGAAGUUGGAUUUCGCAAAUAUGGAGCUUUUGUUCGAACAGAGAAUUUUGACAGUGAGUUCUUCAUGGGACGGCUUGUCCAGAAACAUCCAGAGCCCAGGAUUUGUUUUCUACAAGGAAUGUGGGGCAGUGCCUUUGCUGCGAGCUUGGAUGAUAUCUGCCUGAAAGUGGUUGGUAUAGGACUGAGCUUUCUAGAUUCUUUCAAAGAUGUUAUCACAGUUGUAGAUGACUGCCGGAGAUUCCAUUUCCGAGACCCAGCGCGACUGAAGACUCGCUUGGUUAUACCUGGGGGCCCCUUGCUACAAAUUUUUCAGGAUUUCUUCAAGUCCCGGGUCACAUGUGGCGAAACUUUCAACUUCAUGAAGGGAUUGUAUCUUUAUAAGGAUUAUGUUAACAUCAAGAAAUUUGUGACUUGGAGAGGUACUCACCUGGAUGCAUUUCCCAACCAGCUGACUCCCAUGGAAGAGAGUUUGUAUUUAGUGGAUGGUGGCUUUUCCAUCAACUCUCCCUUUCCUUUGGUACUUCAGCCAGAGAGGGAUGUGGAUGUUAUCUUGUCAUUCAAUUUUUCCUGGGAAGCUCCAUUUGAGGUUUUAGAGCUGACUCAGAAAUACUGUGAGGAGCGGGAAAUUCCUUUUCCAAAAAUCAAAUUUAGUGAGGAAGAUGAAAAGAACCCAAAAGAGUGUUACAUGUUUGUGGAUGAUAAUAAUCCAAAGGCUCCAAUUGUACUCCAUUUCCCACUGGUGAAUGACACCUUCCAGAAAUACAAAGCUCCAGGAGUUGAACGUGAGUCAGAAGAAGAGAAAUCCUUUGGUGACUUCAUCAUUGAGUCAAAAGAUUCCCCUUACCGUACACUAAACUUCACUUUUGAGCCAUAUGAUUUCAGCAGGUUAGUGGAAGUGAACUGCUACAAUGUUCUGAACAACAAGGACACUCUCCUCAAAACCUUAAACUUUGCUCUGCAAAGGAGGAAGUUGAAGAAAGUCAUCAAUAAGUCAAAUGCAUGAGCAGUUUCCAACACUGAGGAUACAGAGGGGCUGCAGUGCACAAAAGCCAUGAGGUUCAAGACAGAACGCUGAAAGUGAAUAGCUGGAAACUCUUCCUGGGGAGGGAGUGGUAUACCUGAAACUGAAAAAUCAUUCCAGGUUAUGUGCUCUGAUGAAAACUCAAGGGAUGUACAACAUGGAUGUUGCUUCCUCAUGUGGGGAAGAGUGAAGAAUUAUCUAGCUCAAUAUCUCAAGUCCAAGUUGCUGAUUCCAGAUGAUUUGGGAGGCUUAUCCAAACCAUUCAAGCAUCUGGAGAAUAA